GACCGCUCUUUCCGGGUUUGCGAGCGGAAGUGGGCGAAUUUGAAUCCUGUGGGCCGUUGGAUGUGGCUGCUAGCGGUCGGCGUGCCCCGACGUAGAGCGGGCCGGGAAAAGUGGCACUGACGUUCUGGAACUUCUGCCCAGCUCUCCUUGUAAAAUGAAUGAAAGUAAACCUGGUGACUCACAGAACCUUGCUUGUGUUUUCUGUCGAAAUAAUGAUGACUGUCCUAAUAAAUAUGGAGAAAAGAAAACUAAGGAGAAAUGGAAUCUCACUGUACAUUACUACUGUUUGUUGAUGUCAAGUGGAAUUUGGCAGAGAGGCAAAGAAGAAGAAGGAGUUUAUGGUUUUCUAAUAGAAGAUAUCAGGAAGGAAGUGAAUAGAGCUUCUAAACUGAAAUGCUGUGUUUGCAAGAAAAAUGGUGCUUCAAUUGGAUGUGUUGCACCCCGAUGUAAACGAAGUUAUCAUUUCCCAUGUGGACUUCAGAGAGAAUGUAUUUUCCAGUUUACUGGCAAUUUUGCGUCAUUUUGUUGGGACCAUCGACCUGUUCAAAUAAUUACAUCUAAUAAUUAUAGAGAGUCCUUACCAUGCACCAUUUGCUUGGAAUUUAUUGAGCCUAUUCCAAGUUAUAACAUAUUACGAAGUCCUUGUUGUAAGAACGCUUGGUUUCAUAGAGACUGUUUACAGGUUCAAGCAAUAAAUGCGGGAGUGUUUUUCUUUAGGUGUACAAUAUGCAAUAAUAGUGACAUCUUUCAGAAAGAGAUGUUGAGAAUGGGAAUUCAUAUUCCUGAAAAAGAUGCUUCCUGGGAAUUAGAGGAAAACGCUUAUCAAGAGCUUCUGCAGCACUAUGAGCGUUGUGAUGUUCGAAGAUGUCGUUGCAAAGAAGGACGAGACUAUAAUGCACCUGAUAGCAAAUGGGAAAUAAAGCGCUGUCAGUGUUGUGGUUCCAGUGGCACACAUUUAGCCUGCUCCUUAUUACGGUCAUGGGAGCAAAAUUGGGAGUGUUUGGAAUGUAGGGGUAUUAUCUACAAUUCAGGAGAGUUCCAAAAAGCCAAAAAACAUGUAUUACCCAACUCUAAUAAUGUGGGGAUUACAGAUUGUUUGUUGGAAGAGUCAUCACCUAAAUUACCCAGACAGUCACCUGGAUCCCAGAGUAAAGAUCUACUGAGGCAAGGCAGCAAAUUUAGAAGAAAUGUAUCAACACUAUUAAUAGAGUUAGGAUUCCAAAUUAAAAAAAAAACUAAAAGAUUAUAUAUCAACAAAGCCAAUAUCUGGAAUAGUGCCUUAGAUGCAUUCAGAAAUCGAAACUUUAAUCCUUCAUAUGCAAUUGAAGUAGCCUAUGUUAUUGAAAAUGAUAAUUUUGGAAGUGAGCAUCCUGGAUCAAAGCAAGAAUUUCUGAGUCUCUUAAUGCAACAUCUUGAGAACUCAUCAUUGUUUGAAGGGUCCUUGUCAAAGAACUUGUCUCUAAAUUCUCAAGCUCUGAAAGAGAAUCUUUACUAUGAAGCUGGCAAAAUGCUUGCCAUUUCUUUAGUUCACGGUGGUCCUUCACCUGGUUUCUUUUCUAAAACCUUGUUUAACUGCCUUGUUUAUGGACCAGAAAAUACCCAGCCAAUUUUAGACGAUGUUUCAGACUUUGAUGUGGCACAGAUUAUAAUCAGGAUAAAUACUGCAACAACUGUAGCUGACUUAAAGUCAAUAAUAAAUGAAUGCUAUAACUACUUUGAGUUAAUUGGAUGUCUCAGACUUAUAACGACAUUAAGUGAUAAAUAUAUGUUAGUAAAAGACAUACUUGUCUACCAUGUAAUUCAGAGAGUCCACAUACCCUUUGAAAGUUUUAAGCAGGGUCUGAAAACCCUUGGUGUUUUGGAGAAAAUUCAGGCUUAUCCAGAAGCAUUUUGUAGCAUCCUGUGUCACAAACCUGAGAGUCUUUCUGCAAAAAUCCUAAGUGAGCUUUUUACAGUACACACAUUACCUGAUGUAAAAGCUUUGGGGUUUUGGAACAGUUACUUACAGGCUGUUGAAGAUGGUAAAUCUACAACAACAAUGGAAGACAUUCUUAUUUUUGCAACUGGUUGCAGUUCCAUUCCUCCAGCUGGAUUUAAACCCACUCCUUCAAUUGAGUGUCUGCAUGUGGAUUUUCCUGUUGGAAACAAGUGUAAUAACUGUUUAGCAAUUCCCAUCACCAAUACAUAUAAAGAGUUUCAAGAAAAUAUGGACUUCACUAUAAGAAACACUCUAAGACUAGAAAAGGAAGAAAGUUCUCAUUACAUUGGACAUUAAAAUGUUUCCUUGAACAAAGAGAAGCUUCUUUAAAAGCUGCUAUUGACAACUCUCUUUUAUUUCACUAACCUUUUCAUCAUCACUUUGAACAAACUGGUUAGCUUCUUGGCCUAAUAAAAUUUAUGAUACGAAUAUAAAGGAAUAUUAUAGCCACUUAGGCUAAAAAAAAUUUUUUUUUGUUAAAGCAUACUAGUCAAAAUAGGUGAUAAUUUCUCAUUUUCUUGAUAUACAUACUUCAUAAACCUCAAUAUAAAUACUCUCAAAAUGGUUGUAUGGAUUUUAUUUAGGUAUAGUAGCAUGGUUAAUAAAAGUAAAAACUGUUUUACUCA